CCCUGAUACAAUCGAAUUGUCAAAAAUUAUCAAAUUUUAUUUGCGAAUUGAUUUAUUUAACCGGUAAAUCAACAAUGUCUUGACAUGACAGCUGAAACAACAACACUAAAAUGUAUACAUCAUUCAGACAUGAUAUCAUUUUCAUGUGAUCAAGUUUAAAUGGUAUGCUUAGAAUUGAUUUACUACAAUGGAACUGGAAUUUUGCACGUCGCCAAUGUCAUUUAUUAAUUUUUAUACUAAUUUCGAUUAAUUUAAUUCAAUCAAGAACUGUUCGAUUUCGUAUUGAUGAAGAAAUCCAGUUGAAUACACGUAUUGGCAGUUUGUUAAAAUAUGUACAAGGUGGAAUCAGUAAUUUGUAUUUUGUAAAAAUUAAUAAUUCCGACGAUGCUUCAGGAUUAUUUUCAGUUGAUCCUAUUUCAGCUGAUAUAACUGUAGCGAAUAGAUUAGAUAGAGAAAUAUUAUGUAACAUUGAUAAUCAAAAUGGGAAACUUGAAAAAUAUGGUAAAAUUAUCAAAGAAUGGAUGCCUAAUUUACCUUAUUCUACAAUUUGUGAAUUACACUUUAGUGUGAAUUGUUUAAAUACAACACAAUUCUUAAAUAUUUCAAAUUCAAAUAGAAAUAAAACACCUGUAAGUAAUAAAUUAGUAGCUAUUUUCGAUGUAAUCAUUGAACUCAAAGAUAUCAAUGAUAAUGGUUGUAAAUUUAUUCCAUCAAACCGACAAAUUAUUCGAAUACGUGAAGAUUCACCAGUCCAUGAGACACGAUUCACUUUGAAUACUCCUUAUGAUCCAGAUGAUGCUAUCGGUGGGAAUUCUGUGAAACCCGAUCGAGUAUGGAUCAUCACUGAUUCCAGUGUAUCAGAUAGUCAAAAUAUAAGAAAUUUAUUUCGAUUACACAGUCUUUCAUCAUCGAAAAAUCUUACCACACCCAAUGUUCACUUAGAGUUAGAACUCAUUAACACACUGGAUUAUGAAACACAGAAAACGUAUACAUUUCAAAUUGUAGCAGAUGAUGGCUUUUCAUCUGAUGAUCAUCAAUGUCACCUGAAUGUCACAAUACUAGUGGAAGAUUGUAAUGAUCACAUGCCAAAAUUUGAACAAUCAAUAUAUACUGUAAAUGUUAGUGAAGAUACACCUAUCGGUCAUUUAAUAAUACACCUUCAGGCCUACGAUACAGAUUCUGAUGAAAAUGGACGGAUAAUUUACAGUUUUGCAUCUUAUUCGGACGAUAGCGAUGAUGGUAACUAUUUCUAUAUUCAUUCAGAAACCGGUGAAAUAAAACUACAAAGACGAUUAAAUUAUCGUUUAAAACCUAAACAUUCUUUUAAAGUUUUUGCUAAAAAUCCAGAUAAUUCAACAUUAAGACAACAAAUGAAAUCAUUUUCUACUUCAAAAUUAUCAACUACUCAGGUUAUUGUAAAUGUAAUUGAUGUCAAUGAUCAUUUCCCUCGUAUUCGAAUUAUAUCAACCACUGGUUCGAAGAACUUAGAAUUGAUUGAAGAAACACCGUCGGGACAAGAUAUCGGGAUUGUAGAUGUUUUCGAUGGAGAUACAGGAGAAAAUGCAAAAGUGAACUGUAAAUUAACUAAUCAAACUAUUCCCAAUGUUUUACGCUUAAUUUCAGUUGACAGUGAAAUCAUAGGCAAAGAAAUAUCAAACUCUAAUCAAAAAUAUAAACUAACACUGCAAAAACCUAUUGAUAGAGAAGAAUUUCCAAUCAUUGAGUUUAAUAUAAUUUGCUGGGACAAUGGAAUCCCUUCAUUAUCAAGUAACCUAACAUAUAAAAUCAAAGUAAUUGACGUAAAUGAUCAUGAUCCAGUCUGUGAUCACAAUCUGUACACAGUUGAAGUCAUGGAAGAUUCAAGUCCGGAAAGAGUUCAAAGAAACUUUGAAUUUCUCACUAUCCAUGCUACUGAUAAAGAUGAGGGUCGAAAUGCCAAACUGCGUUUUAGUUUAGAUCAAGAAACCCCAUCAUAUUUAGUGAAUCUAAUCACAGUCAAUACAACUACUGGAACACUUAGUACGAUGGGAAAUUUAGAUCGAGAAAAAUUGACAACAUUCAAUGUGACAAUAAUUUGCUCAGACCAUGGUGAACCAGAACGAAUGACUAAAGUGAAGGUAAACGUGAAAGUUUUAGAUUAUAACGACAAUCCACCGACAUAUUCUCAACCAUAUUUUGAAUUUACUAUAACUGAAAAUAAUCAAGUUGGUCAGCUAGUAGGUAGUUUUCAGAUCACUGACAAUGAUAUUGAUAAAAAUGCAGAAUUAGCUAUUCAGAUUGAAGAGAACACUGAACAAACACAUGUUUAUCUUGCAUCUUUAGGUAAUACUUUACGAAUACAUAAUAACAUUGAACAAUUGAAAUUACAUUCAAAAGAUGUACUCAUUCCGUCAGAUUUACAAAAAACUAAUUAUGCUAAAUACAUUCCACAGUUUAAAUUGUAUUCUCAAAAAUUACCUAGUAAAAAUAAUACCUUUUCUUCUAACAUUGAACCAACAAUUUACAAUGUAAAAUUGUACAUUGAAUCUGUCACUGAUCGUGAAGGAUUAAUUAUGAAAUAUAAUGAUUUUGUUACGGACACAUUUCCACAUUAUGAUUUAUUUGAACACACUAAUAAUAUUUAUGAUAAUAAUCAUAGAAUAAUUGAUCAUUCAAGUAAAACAAAUUAUUCCAUUAUAACACCGAUUAUAUUAUUAUUAAUUAGUGCACAUGAUAAAGGCUUCCCAAAAUUAACUGAACAUGUAUCAAUACGUAUUCAUGUAUUAGAUGAAAAUGAUAAUUCACCACGGUUUGUUUAUCCUGAUCCAACCUAUGUAAAUAAAACAAAAACUAUUGUAUCAUAUAAAGAACCAACAGGAUAUGCAUUUACUCAAGUUAUGGCUGUAGAUAUUGAUGCAGGUGAAAAUGGUACAAUUCUAUAUUUUAUUUAUUCUGGAAAUAAUGAUCAGUAUUUCAAAUUAGAUCGAAACAAUGGAAUUUUGAGUAUUAAUAAGAAAAUCCCAUAUUCUGCAUUAGGUGAACAUUUAUUGAGAAUUGAAGCAAGAGAUUGUGGACAACCGUAUCGUUUUACUUUAGCUGAAAUUAUCAUAGAAAUUGAUCAGUCACCAUCGAAAGCUUAUUUAACGACAAAUAUUUAUCAAUUACAAAAUUCUGAUGGAACUAUGCAUUAUGGUGCUAGUGGAUAUACGUUGAAUUUAUAUAUUAUCAUAGCAAUUAUUGCUGCAGCUUGUGUUGUAUCGACGGUGUUAUUAUUUUUAGUAUUUAUCUUUUUACAACGUGCUAAACGUAGUCGAAAUUGUAGAGCUGAUGAUGAUUCAUCGAGGCGAAAGUAUCAUGGAAUUAACAUGAAAGAAUUGCACACCAACUAUUCAACAAAUAUUCAGUCACAAAGUAAUGAUAUGAAUAAAUUUGCAGACCAUGGAGUUCAUUCAUUUCCUAAUUGUUCUCAACAAUUACCUACUUAUGAAAAUGGAAAUACAAAUUUGGAAUUAAUUAAUCAUCCGAAUAGAAGUUUAUUUUUGUUACCUAUUGAGACGGAUUUUAAUUACAAUCCAAGUUCAUGCAAUAAAAUUCCCGGUAAUUAUUGGUUCACUACCUCCGCCGUCAAUAAUCAUGAUAAUAAUAAUCAUAAUCAUAAUAGUAAUAAUAAUAAUAAUUGUGGUAUUGUAAACAUGCAAACUAAUGGAACUAGUUUAAAUCUCAGUUCUUCAUCAUGUAACAUGAUGACAAAUAAUUUACCAUGUACAAAUAUGAAUAAUUUAUAUCACGGAUUUACAAAUGAUCACAAUUCAAAUAUAAAAAAUGUAUCAACUUGUCCGGAUGGCUAUCAAACAUUCUUGAAUGGUCAGUAUACGAUACCUUUUAGUAUACCUGAAACGUGUGGUGACGCAACGAAUAUAUCAAAACAUCCCCACAUUCUAAUGGCUACAACAGAUAAUUGGCCAAAACUACCAAUAACUGAUUUCACAUCGAAUAUCGUUGUACCAACAGACUGUGAUUCAGGCAAUGGUGAUAGUGUGGAAAUUCAACCACAUCAAAUACCAAAUAAAAUUUGUUUUCUUGAAAGAACCUAAUAAGCAGCAAUGAAUUGAUAUUUGCUAUCAGUAUUACUUACAUGGUUUAACAACAUUUAUACAUUGCAUAAAAUGCAUUUACCUUUUUUCAAUAAACACUUAAUUUGCUCUCUGUGUGUGUGUGUCAUUAUUCCUAUAAUGGAUU